CCCCCCGUGCCACCAACCAAGGAGCUCCGCCAGCCACGGCACGGUCACUCUGUCAAGCGUGCCAGUGUUCCACCGGUGCCCGGCAAACCCCGGCAGCCCUUCCCGCCUACCGCUGGGCACCUGACACCACCGCAGACCCCCGGCAAGCCACGUCCACCCUCCCCACAGGGCCCAUCAGCACCCCAUGCCACUGCCAAGGUGAAGCCCACUCCACAGCUGCUGCCGCCGGGUGAGCGCCCCGCAUCACCCCGCUCCCUGCCCCAGUCUCCCACGCACCGCGGCUUUGCCUACGUCCUUCCGCAGCCCACCGAUGGUGAGGGGGGCCCCCCAGGGGUGCCGGUCCUGCCCGUCUCAGUGCCGGUGCUGUGCCUGCCACCAGCAGGCGAGGGUGAUGAGGAGCCAGGGAGGCCGAAGAAGCGGGCACAUAGCCUGAACCGCUACGCCGCCUCCGACAGCGAGCAGGAGCGGGAUGAGCUGCUGGUGCCUGACGCAGGGCCUUAUGCUACCGUGCAGCGGCGCGUGGGGCGCAGCCACUCAGUGCGGGCACCUGCUGGUGGUGAAAAUGUCAACCGCAGCCAGUCCUUCGCCAUCCGCCCCAAGAAGGAAGGGCCCGCCCCACCCCCCAAGCGCUCCAGCUCUGCCAUCUCCAGCGCUGGCAUGGCCGAGGACUUCCCCAAGGAUGGUGAAGGUGAGGUGGCCGCCGGAACCCCUGGCACCGAGGGGGAGAGUCGCCAGGAGCAGCGGCGUGCCAGCGAUCUGGGUGGCAGCGUGGACACGGGCAGCGCCGGCAGUGUGCGCAGCAUUGCAGCCAUGCUGGAGAUGUCCUCCAUCGGUGGUGGGGCGCGGGCGCUGGCCCUGCAGAAACCACCUGGGGCUGGUGUGCCUGGGAAGGGGCCCGAUGGGUACUAUCUGCAGCCAGGAGCUCCCCCAGGAAGCCCUGAGCGUGCCCGUGUGGCCACCGUCCUGGCUACUGUCAAGCACAAGGAGGCCAUUGGGCUGGAUGGGGAGGUUGUGAACCGGCGCCGGACCAUCAGCGGUCCUGUCACCGGGCUGGUGGCGGCCGCACGCCGUGAGCGUGCCGACAGUGUGCGCUCCGAGACAGGCACUGAUGGCCCCAGCGAGCGUCUGCGGGCUGAGCGUGGUGGCUCUCCAGACACAAUCCCCUUUGCUGAGGAGGGCAACCUCACCAUCAAGCAGCGACCACGUGCCCUGGGACCAGCCCGGGUGGAGGCAGGCGAAGGGCUGUCCCCAGCACACCGCCAUGGGGACCUGGCCAAGGUGGAGGCCAGUGCCACACUCAAGAGGCGCAUCCGUGCCCGGCAGAGCCAGCAGGACAGCGUCCGCUUCAUCCUCACUGAGUCUGACACUGUCAAGCGCCGGCCCAAGGCCAAGGACAAGGAGCCAGCGCUGGAGCAAGCCCCUCUUGUCGUCUACCAGAAUGGCACCGGCACUGUCAAGCGGCGGCCGGCCUCAGAGCUGAGUGGAGCUGAGACUCCCCCAACCCCGCCGCCUGCCACCCGCCCCGAUGGCCCUGACUUCACCCCACCGCCUGCCGAGCCCAAGAAACCCUUCAAGCCACCGGUGUCCCCCAAGCCUGUGCUAACACAGCCAGCGCAGAAGGUCCCUGGGCCGCCAGUGCCCAUCCCCAAAAAGAUGCCCAUCCCAAGCCCAGGCAGCCCAGAGGUGAAGCGGGUCCAUGGCACACCACCCCCGGUAUCCCCCAAGCCCACACCACCCCCUACAGCCCCCAAGCCCCCCAAACCCCAUGCCGCCAUCCAGUCGGUGAGUGCGGGCUCCACGCCAACUCCGUCCCCUGCCCGGCAGCUGGGCGCUACUGCCAAGCCCUCCAGCACACCACCCUCACUCUGCUCCAGCCCUGCCAAGCCCCUCUCACCUGGCGCUCAGCCCCAGCAGGUGCCAGUGAAACCGCCGCGUUCCGCUAUCGCCGGACCCUCUGUUGACGGUGCCAGCCCUGAGCUGGUGCAGCAAAAGCUGGAGGAGACCAGCGCAUCCCUGGCUGCUGCGCUGCAGGCUGUGGAGGAGAAAAUCAAGCAGGAGGACAGCCAAGCAGCAGACUCCACUGCAGAGGCCAAGAGCACAGGCAGCAUCCUGGAUGACAUCGGCAGCAUGUUCGAUGACCUGGCCGACCAGCUGGAUGCCAUGCUGGAGUGAGGGGCGCGACGGCCCCGCGAACCUCAGGGCUUACGUGGGCACAAGGGCACAACGAUCCGCGACCUCCCGGCCCCACCAUCCCCUUUGUACAGCUGUCCCCUCCUGGACCUCCCAUCCCUCGGGGUUUGCACAAAGAAGAAGAUACCUCAGGAUUGUGCUCACGGACUCGGCGCCCGCCCGCCACGGCUCCGGCAGGACUCCCUUCUGCAGAAGCAAAAAAAUACAAUAGAAGAAGCAAAGCAACACCACCCGGCCUGAAGCGCCCUGCUCGCACCAGAUCCGGGUUUGGGGUUUUCUCUUCCUACCCGCGGUGGCCCCGUGGUUGCCCCGCCGGCCCCGGUCCCCGAAUGUAGCACAACCCCGGUGCGGCACUGAUGGCGUUCAUCCACCCGUGCCCUCUUGUUCUGGUAGCGAGUCCGGAUGGAAACUUAGGUUUCUUUAAUUUUUCUUUUCAUUUUCUCUUUUUGUCAUUUUUUCCUUUGUCAUUCACGAGCAUUGGGGUGGGCACGGUGCUGGGUACCCCCACAGCACCCGGACCCCUGCACCCGCAGCUCUCCAGCCCCGUGCUGCUGCUGUGGGCUCUUCACGUCGGGGUGGGAAAGGGGCUUUUUGUCGGUACCAUUGCAAAUGGAUGAGCUCCUGCUUGGGGCAGGUGGGGAGCAGCAGGUUGUGCCCCUGCCCAGCCCCUCACCGCCGGGGGAGAGGACGUCAUAAGCUAUAACGAAGUAUUAAUUUAUUGGAGGGGAAAAAACGACUGAGAGAUAUAAAGCAGUAUUUCCCCCAUCUCCCAAAUAAUAAUAAUAAUAAUAAAAAAAAUAAACUUUAACAAAUAUAUAUUUAAAAGAUUUAAAAAAAAUAUUAGCAAUUAUAUAUAAAGCAGUUUAAACAAAAAAAUCAAGAGAGAACUGGAUUUUAGCUUGAGAAAAACUAUUAGAUUAUACUAAGCUGUGUGUCUUGUGGCAAACUCAUUCUCCGAGUAGCACAAUAUUUACCUUUAUCUGGGUGGAAGGUACGUGCAAGCCGUUCUGUUCGGGUUUUCCGUUGGGUUUCAGUGUACCGUCUUUCUUUUUACACAGUUAAGAACUCAAAGGAUGUGCCUUGUUUUAUGGAGGUUUUUGUUAACUCUUCUACUGGAGGUGUUUCGUUUCUUUCUGGAGUGUCUUCAGGUUUUCAUUUGACUUUUUUUGGCAUUUAUGUGUGUGUGUGUGUGUGUGUGUGUGUGUGUGCACGCGGUGUGUGCGUGCGUCCCAGCGCACGGCUGUACAUUCAUGUAUAAAGAGGAGUCUGGUUCAGUCG